AUGCUCCUGGAAGACUUACGCUUUGCUGUCAUAGUGCUGCUGCUCUGUGUCCAGUCUUUGCAUGGCUCCAUCCUCUCUGCCGCAUCAUCCUAUGAAUUCACUGCCUACAGGAUGCAACAAUACAACCUGGCAAAACACAAUCAUGGUUGCCGUGGCGCCAUCGUGGUGGCAGAGGCCCGGUCCGCUGACGAGCCGGUGCUGACCCGCCGUUGUGUCAUCAUGAGGGUCGCGGACUUCACCACUAAAACAUACACUGAGGCUCAAAGACAAAAGGCUGCUGCUAUUCUGAUUCUUCUGCCCAAAAAUAUGUCAACUAUUUCAUCCGAAGCAAUACAGUCCUUCAUGACGAGCGAGAAUCAAGCCUUGUUGAAGGAGACUCUAAUGCCAGUUUAUGUGGCCCCUGAGGAUGAACAGCUGCUGUACAUGUAUGAAGAGGUGAAGAAGGCUGCAUCCACACGGACUUCAUCUAUAUUCAUUAGAGUCUUUCGAAGUAUGGUAACAGCAACAGCCUUUCAAAUCUUGGUCAGCAACAAUGUCGCCAUCAAGGCCCUUACAGACACCACACUGAUCACACUAGAAGGGGUGCUUCCUGGAGCCGGUGAGGACAUACCCACUAUUGUGAUCACUGCCCACUAUGAUUCAUACGGACUGGCACCGUGGUUGUCCUAUGGAGCUGACUCUAAUGGAAGCGGCGUCACCAUCUUGCUGGAAUUGGCACGUCUUUUCCAGCUGCUUUAUAGUAACCCGAGCACGAGGCCACGGUAUCAUUUAAUGUUUUCUCUCACCGGAGGAGGAAAACACAAUUUCCUAGGUACAAAGAAAUGGAUUGAAGAAAAUCUGGACCAUGCUGAAUCAAGCCUUCUUCAUGAUAAUGUGGCGUUUGUGUUGUGUUUGGAUACACUGGCCAACGGUAAUGAGUUGCACAUGCACGUGUCCCGCCCACCUAAAUCAGAUACUCCCAUGUACGCAUUCAUUCAAGAUUUGGAUGAGGUGGUUUCCUCCAGAUUCCCAUGUAUGAAGACAGAACUGGUCCAUAAAAAGAUCAACCUUGUGGAAUCCACAGUCGCCUGGGAGCACGAGCGCUACAGCCUGCGCAGGAUACCAGCAUUCACGCUGUCUCACCUGGAAGACCCCAAAUCCGAGCUACGGGGCUCCUUGCUUGACACUGUCAGCCAAAUAGACUUCCAGAAAAUGAAGCGGAAUGGUAUCAUCAUCGCAGAAGCGCUGGCACGAUACAUGUACCAUUUAUCAGACAAGGGUUCACCAAAAGAUGUUCAGCUCUUCAAAGGCCGGUUGGACUUCCAUGACAGUCGAAUAUCCAGCCUCAUGUCCUUCCUGACUUCAGUCCCUCGUGCCACGCAGCUGAUGGAUAAAGAGCCCGCUCACAUCCUGCUCGUCAACUCACUGGAGCAUGAAUUCAAACAGUAUUUACAGCAAGUCCACAAGCACACUUUUAGACAAGACAAAAGGGAUCCUGAUAUUACAUUUUUUGAUCAAAUGAGGCAGCCACUGGUGAUGUACAGGGUGAAACCUGCUGCUUUUGAUCUCUUCCUGGGUGGCUGCAUCACAGCAUAUUUGGGCAUAGUGUACUAUGCGGUUGAGAACUUUGACCAUGCCUACACAAAACUAAAGGCAGCAGUAAAAUCCAAGCACCACUAAAGAAGACCCCAAAUAUUUCUGAACCUGUUUUGACUUAGUUUGCCAUGCGCUGUGAAAAAGGCAACACAACACAAGGAAAUCCAGGGGGAAAAAAACUUUCUUUUUUUACCUUGCACUUGUGCAAAAUGUUUCAAUCAACAUUAUGUACAAAAUAUUUUUAUCCUUUUAACAGUUACAUAAUUUGCUGAAUUACAUGAAUAGGCACUGUUCAAGCCUUAUUUCAAUAGAUUCAAAAUGUGUAACCCACAUAUACAAACUUGUGUACUGUAGAG